AUGAACGAAACCGAGCUUACGGACUUCAAAAGCCACCAGCGGUCGCUUCGGGCAUCGUCUGCUCGUCCAGGACGGACAGCCCCAUGGAUGCAGAACGUGCUGUUUCUGGUCUUGCACCUUGCGCUGGCCACCACAUGGAUUAUUACACUCUUCUAUCACAAUCGCUUGUCCGUGUUCUUUGAUCCGCCGGUGCAUCCCAGUCGGCCGUGGAAAGGGUCGGGCUUCAACUUCGAGCAUUGCCCGGCCAUGUCGCAUGAUGACCCCCUACCAGACGCCCAUCAUGGUGCUGAUACCGGGGGAGCCGGCGAGGCGUCCGGCUUACAAGAAUUCGAGUUCGCAUCUGCCUCGGAGGCAGUCGAAUACGUGCCGUAUCGGUUUGAACAGAGUCGAUGGACCGGAGAACGCAGCGAGGACACAAGUCCCUAUGAAGGGCCCCCUACCGGCGCGGUGAAUCUGCAGUGGCGGCACUUGGUGGAUGUUGGGAUUCUGGCACUGAACCCGGAGCAGGAGGCCUCGCUCCUCGAGCCCACUAUGCCGGCCACGGUCAACGAUUCCACCGCUCUCAUCCAGCUCGAUGUCUUCCAUCAAUUGCACUGUCUGAACUCCAUCCGGAAAUAUGUCUACCAGCCCGUCGACUGGCGGAACGACAACACGACCAACCAGGCGGCGGUGAAAUACAUUGUGCACAUCAGUAAGCCUAGCGUAUCUCGCGAUCUCGAGUGCAUCCAUCCAGCUGAACUCCUCUCCAGAUCACUCACUGCAUUGAGUACUUGCGGCAGCGACCUCUCGGUGAUUGUGCAUUCCCCGCGCGUGCCACCCCCGGGGCCCGAGUAUCCCAUCUGGAAGGCCAACUUCUCCACCCAGCAUACCUGUCGGAACUUUUGGAAGAUCCACGAGUGGGCCAAGCAGUACAAUACAUCGGGGUUUGAGAUUGAAAGAUGGCAUGAUGCGGAAUUUGCGUGA